AUAUGUUGUUUGAAUUUCGAAAUUCGUUUUGCUAGGUCAUGGCAUCACUACCCCAAAUGUCUGUCACAUUAGGAACUUGCAUAAGCUCAAAAAUUAAGAUGAGUGACGGACGACUAUACAUUGCUCAAAUAAACAACAUGAAGAAGAGUAAUUGUUUGAAGGCUGCGUUGUUUCCAUUGACAUUGGUGGGAGAAAAGAGGCCCAAAAUAGGGUUACGGAAACAGCCAAGUGAAAAAUGGAAAGUCGGGGUAGGGGAAAGUGGUGAGUUGGUGCCACGUUCAGUUAUAGAGAGCGCUGUCAAAGAUUUCCACCGUGCCUUCAAUGAUAAAAACAUGGAGGAAAUGCAGGAAUUGAUUUCGGAUGAUUGUGAGUACCAGGACUACCUCUUCUACAGUCCCUACAAAGGCCAGGAGAAUGUGAUGAAGUUCUUGGAGAGCGUUAUGGAAGCGAUGGGUCCAAAUAUAAAAAUUGCUGUGCGAGAUAUCAAUGUGGAAGAUGUCCAUGUUACCAAAGAGGCCAAACUCAUGGCUACGGUCUUUUGGCACUUGGAGUGGGGAAAGGAGAAAAAGAAGCUACCCUUCUCAAAAGGAUGCAGAUUCUUUUGGUUUAAAGAAGUUGAAGGAAGAUUGGUUAUUAGCAAGAUAACAGGCUUGGAGGAACUUCCAAUUAAACCGGGUGAACUAGUACUGAAUGCCUUAAAGGCAAUUAGUACUUUUUUGGACAGCUAUCCACCCAUGGCUUCAGCGUUGCUUAACUAUCCUGCCUUUCAAGAUGAUUGAUGGCACACAUGAUUGGGUCGGUGAAGUCCAUCACAUGCUUUUAACACUUCAAAUCUCCUCCUAUUUAUGAAUCUACAAUAUUUAUUUUUAAAAUUUGU